CAACGGCCGAGGGAAAGUAGUGCGCGGCGGAGUGAUCUGAGCGGCGCGGGGCGGGGCGGCGGCAGCUAUAUAAUGGGACGGAGCCGGCGGGGGGCGUAGUUGGAGACGUUAACGGGGUGGGUGCGCUGUGUGGAGCCGGCUGUCAGCACCGCGGACAAGAUGCAGAUCUUCGUGAAGACACUGACCGGGAAGACCAUCACAUUGGAGGUGGAACCCAGUGACACCAUCGAGAAUGUCAAGGCCAAGAUCCAGGAUAAGGAGGGCAUCCCACCUGACCAGCAGAGGUUGAUCUUUGCUGGGAAGCAGCUGGAAGAUGGGCGCACAUUGUCUGAUUAUAACAUCCAGAAGGAGUCCACCCUGCAUCUUGUGCUGCGCCUGCGGGGCGGCAUGCAGAUCUUUGUGAAGACCUUGACAGGUAAAACCAUCACCUUGGAGGUUGAACCCAGCGACACCAUUGAGAACGUGAAGGCCAAGAUCCAGGACAAGGAGGGCAUCCCCCCUGACCAACAGAGGCUGAUCUUCGCUGGCAAACAACUGGAAGAUGGGCGCACACUGUCCGACUAUAACAUCCAGAAGGAGUCCACCCUCCAUCUUGUGCUGCGCCUCAGGGGAGGGAUGCAGAUCUUCGUCAAGACCCUGACUGGCAAAACCAUCACCUUGGAGGUUGAACCCAGUGACACCAUUGAGAACGUGAAGGCCAAGAUCCAGGACAAGGAGGGAAUCCCUCCUGACCAACAGAGGUUGAUCUUUGCUGGGAAGCAGCUGGAAGAUGGGCGCACACUGUCCGACUACAACAUCCAGAAGGAGUCCACCCUGCAUCUUGUGCUGCGCCUCAGGGGCGGUAACUGAAGUGAAGAUUCCUUGCUUCCAAGAACAAGUUCGUGUGCACAUGUUCAUUCCAAUAAAGCUGUUGCAUCCACAGA